CUGCUUCGGCUUUGCCAGAAGUCCUGGAACGAAACGAAGGAGCCCCUUUCUUGUUGAGUGGGAUGUGCUUGUGUUUAGCUCUUGUUGGGUUUACUAAUUUCGAUGCCAAUUUGCUAGCUCUGAGCUGGAUUACUUCUUAAUGUUAAUGGAAUCCUUUGCAGUCGCCCCGUGGCUCUGUUACCGGAUCAUACAUUCUCUUGCUUUUUGCUGGGUGAAUCUGUUUGAUGCGAAAGUCGAAGAUAGUGUCAUCCGCUUCCUUAGUCGCUGUCAGGUGAUGCUGAUGGCAAAGGAAAUGUGAGAAAAGAAGAGCUCUACCAAGCUUGUGUGACUCUCGGGGUGAUUUUCAGAACUCGUCCAUCAUUUUGUCCACAUUUUGAAUUGUCUAAUGUGGAAUCUUGUAUGAAGAUGCCACGCCAACAAGUUAAAGUCGUGGACCAUCCAGAUUUGCAGGAUGGUUUUGGCAACAAAUGGAAUCGUAACUUAUUAUCCAAGAUCAUAGAACAGGAAGCCCUUGCUCGUGGCAUUCAUGCGGUUAUCACUUUUGAUGAUUAUGGUGUUUCAGGCCAUUGCAACCAUCGUGAUGUGCAUUAUGGGGUUCGGAAUCUCCUUCAAGAGACGGCACCAAGAGGUAUCGAUGCCUGGGAACUUGUAAGUACCAACAUCUUACUCUUUGGAUUAGUUUGUUGUGCAAACAACGUCAAUCGGUGAGAGUAAAUGCGCAAAAUAUCCACAUGACCGUUCGAGAUAAAGCAACGUUGCUUUAAACGCCAUUGUGCAAGGGCCACGGGUGUUGAAAAAUGAAAAGCUUCUCUCCCUUCUUGUCAUUCUUAUUUGCUUUUGGGCUGUUUUUUCUCGGACUCCGUUCGUUCACGUAGAAGAAAGAAGAAGACACGGUGAGACUGAGUUUGGUUGUGGAAGAAGAGGGACAAGAGAAGGAGAAUAAGGGAAG